CACACACUGUCAUGGCUGCCUGCCUGCCUGCCUCCAGCCUUGCCCCGUUUCCCUCACACACCCGUCUCUAGUUCUGCUCCUGCCUGGCCCUCUCGCCCUGCCCCCUGGUCCUCUUCCUCUUCCCCUGGCCUGUCUGCACUGCUGCAGAUGGGUACAUCACUGUCCCUCAAUAUCACCUCGAUGUACUCGGCCUUUUCCGCCGCCCCCAGCGACCGCCAGUGGCUCCUCUUGAUGGCUAUCGGGUUGUACCCAUAUUGCCUGACAGACACAAAGGCACGGACACACACAUGACAUGGGUCAUGCGGGUGGCCACCCGAUGCCACACAGACAGACAGACAGACAGGUAUGUGUGUGUGUGCGGGCCCGUAGGUACCUGAGGUGUAUGAGCUGGAGGAGGGUGCUGCCGCAUGGCUGCAGGCCGUUGCGAGAGCACUCGGACACCACUAACAGCACAUCACGACGACCACCUGCCAUCACACACACAAAACCCAUGCCGCAUUGCAUUGCAAUCCAUUCAUCAAUAGGCUGGCUGUCUGUGUGUGUGUGUGGCGUACGCAGCUUGAUGUCGAGUACGUAUGGUGCGUCGAUUUGGUACUCCACGGUGUGCGGCACAGACAGCUUCGUCAGCUCUGAUGACACCUGCACACACACACCACACAAACAUCCAUCCAUUCAUCCAUCCAUCCGUCCAUCAGUCAGUCAAACCAUCGCGCGGCCGACAUCUCUCUCUCUCUCUCUCUGGGGUUCACUGACUGACUCAAAUGGCUGACCUCGUGGACUUGGUCGAUGAAUGGCGCGCCGAAGCCGCCUCUGUGCAUGGCCCAGGUGCGCAUGCCCUCGUAGACACAGCGUGGGUGCAUGUUGUGUCUGAGCCAGGGGAACUGGAUCAUGUGUGCCAGCCACAGGUGGAACACGCGGUACCGCUCCCUCUCCCACGCUGGGGUGCUGCCGAUCUUCCGGUACAGAAAACUCAACGCAUACGGCACAUCAGCUGCAGCAUAUAAUAUCACACACACACACACAGAAGUUUCCUUUUGCCUGUGUGUGUGGGUGUGUGUGUCUGUGUCUGUCUGUCGGCCCCUCCACCGGCUCACCAGCAAUCGAGUAGACAGCAAUGGCGAAGACGGCCUUGGUCGCCGCUUCCUCGCUCACAUCGUCCAAAUGGUCCUCCAGGUACCGCACCACCCCUUUCACCACAGCCAGCACCUCGCCGCCCCCUCCCAGACCCACACCGAAAUACGCCAACGACUCCAGAUAGCCGCACAGCUGCGUCAGCGACACGCCAGCAGGCCGCCGCAGGUUGGUGGCCAGAUCGACGUGGCUCAGCACCCGGUCGCACGUCGCCAGAAGUGCAUCAUCGAAGCGCAGAGCCACUCGCCGGAACGCGCAGACGCACGUUAUCAGCUCGCCGACGGUGAACAUGCCCGUGUGGCGCGCGACGGUGCGGGCGACGGCCUCGAAGAGUGAGUCGUGUUUUGGCCGGUUGUGUGCGGCGAAGCCAUGGGCGAUGCCGGCGAGCUCGCUGGGAGAGAACUCCUGGAACCGUGAUAAGAUGCUGGCCUCGGUCGACUCGAACAGCCUGGCGUGAUACAUCUCCAGCGAGCCGAACAGCUGGACCAUCCUCACUGUCUGCUGGUGGUCCAGGGUGCCCUUGUCGAUGAAGUGGUCCGCGCACCGGUCAUAGAAGGGGUGCUUGAGGUAGCCCGCCCAGAAGUAGGCGUCGGCGCACUUGAGUAGCACGUCGAGGUCUGUCACGGGCUGCGUCAUGAGCGGCUUGAGGUAAGAGCCAAACAGCCGGAAGUAUUUGUGGCCGAGCUGGCGAAGGGCGAGAAUCACAUUGGCGAGGCUGUCGAAGUCGAGCUUGUCACGGAAGUUGAAGAGGUCGCUGAGCAGCACGUCGUAUCGCUCGUCGGCCAUGAGGUUUGAGCGCUGCACCACGUCGGCGUCUUCGUAGAGCACUCCCAGCACCUGCAGCGCCGUGAUCAGAUUGUGCACGAAAAACACCCCACGGUGCGUGACCAGCAGACCCAACAUCUGCAGAAACACACGAUGAAUCAAUGAACGACACACAGAGGAAAUGGAUUGGCAGGGAGACCAACAUUUCACACAUUCCCGGCUCUGUGUGUGUGUGUGUGUGUGUGUGUGUGUGUCUGACCUCGUCGAUGGUGUUGGCCUUGAGAAGCAGCUGGUCGAGCUGCAUACAGAUGGGGUUGGCGUACACGACAGCCGCCAGACUCCGCUUCCUCUCCUCGACGGCUUUCCGCCUCUGCAGGGCCACCUGGUGACUCCACUCAUGCUCGCGGCCGGGAGGGGACUCAUCUCUCUUGACCGCCGCCUGCAUGAGGGCCCGCGGGUCAAACGAGCCGAAGGCGGACUCACCGCUGCUGACGGUGGGAAAGCGGCUGGGGAGGGGAGGAGGUGGGGAGCUGAUCGACGCAGUGGAUGCGCGUCGGGCUGCACCCGCCGAUGGAUAGAUGGCGCAUCUGGGCUGCCGGUGAUUGGCCGUGAGUCGGCCGAGCUGGCGGAAUGACGCAUCUCUUCGCAUCAGUUGCUGUCCUCAGACGAAUCACGCUCAAUCGCUCCACAUGCACAGAGGAACCCAAGGAACACACGCAC